UCGUAGCAAACCUGUCUCUUCCUAUUGAUCAUAAAAAAAGUCAGCCGGUUUAACAUCUCAAGGGCUAAUGUUUGGGAUGGGGCAGUCAGAGGUUUCAAGCGUACAACAUAUUCUGAAACCUGUGACAUGCUGGUGAAAUUUACUGAUGAUACUGGUGUUCUGGAAGAGGGAAUUGACACUGGUGAUCCAAGACGAGAGUUUUUAACUCUACUGAUGAAACACCUAAAAGACCGGCCCAUUUUUGAUGGACCAGAAGGACAUCGGUUCUUGGUCUACAAUGCAAAGGCUGUUAGGGAGGAUGAAUACUACUUGGCAGGAAAGAUGAUUGCUGUGUCAGUUGUGCAUGGAGGUCCAGGACCCCAUUUCCUGUCAGAAGAUCUUGUACAUUAUCUUGCAGGCCAGCCUUCAUUCAAAGCAACAAAUAAUUUAAUAACUGAUGAAGAAAUAGGGAAAGCUUUGCAAGAGAUUGAGAAUGCUGCUUCAUUGGAUGCUCUGCAAGAAUGUAUGAUGAGACACAGCACAAUGUUACAGACAGCAGGUUGUCUGAGACAUGUGGCUACUGUGGAAGAAAAGAAAGAAAUCGUGUCAGACUACCUCCAAUGGUAUAUCAUUGACCACAACUCAUCUGUAAUUGACAGAUUCAGAGAUGGUCUUUCAACCCUGGAGUUUUUGACUGCACUACAGCAACACCCUACUUUGCUGGCCCCUGUCAUGUGCCACUCUGAAAGGCGACUCACUGCUUUUGAACUUGAGAGACUCUUCAAACCUGACCUCAGUCCUUCGGGGAGUAAUCGAAGACUUAAAGAAAGUCAAACCAUGGCCUACUGGGCAGACUAUCUCCUUGAUUGUGAAGAAGGCCAGGCUGCUGUGUCUGUGGAAGAUGUUUUGAUGUUUGCUACUGGGCUGUCUUCACUUCCCCCAUCUGGCUUGGAACCACUGCCACAAAUAGAGUUCCUGGAGGACUCUGCGUUCCCAAUGGCAAAUACAUGUUCAAACUCCUUGAGAUUACCACUCCUAGACUCAUACACUUUGUUUAAGUCACAAAUGGACUUUGGAAUUCAAAAUAGUCCAGGAUUUGGCUGUUUCUAAGCUAUAUGAUGGAUGACCCCUAGAGUUAAGACUCUGAAAAAGUUGUUGUUGUUGUUAAAGGUUAGGGUUGGGCAUCAUUUAGAUUUUAACAAUUCUGAUUCCAAUUCCGAUUCUUCCUUUUGAUUCCGGUUCUUAUCGAUUCUCGAUUCCGAUUCUUUGAGUGGUGGAGUUGAAACGGGUCACAUGCUUAUUUCACAAAUAAGAGGAAAGUUUUAUUUUGAUUCAAAGGUGGGUUGCAGUUUGACGGGGCUUUUUCAAUGUAAAAUAAAGCCACACUAGAGCACCGCUUACUGUGCUCCAUGGCUGCAACACAACAAGCACCUGGCCGCUACAGAAACCAAAACUUGCGCAUGUUAAAUUUGGAACCCAUGAUCAGAUUUGAAACCCAAUCCUCCAAAACGAUUCCAAUAAAGAAACAAUUCCGAUGGAAUCGUAUUUUUUUUUUACUAUUCCAAGUAGGAAUUGGUUCUUGAUGCCCAACCCUAUUAAAGGUGCACUUUUAAAGUGCAGUUGCUAAAGUUGUUUUUAUAAUGUUACUGUAUGUGAGCAUGUUCUUUUCUCACAGUAAACAUUUUGAAAAUGUUUUAGAUCCAUUACUCUCAAUACUACAAAAGUGUAAUAAAUACUGAUUACUA